AUGUCUAUCCAUUUCAGUCUGUUCAAUUCUAUCACAAUCUGUCUAUCCCAGUCUGUUCAUAUCCAUCUAUUUCCGUCUGUUUCUAUCUAUCUAUCUAUCUAUCUAUCUAUCUAUCUAUCUAAUCUCUUCUGUAAAUAUCUAUCUAUCUAUCUAUCUAUCUAUCUAUCUUGUCUCAGUCUUGUUCAUAUCUAUCUAUCUAUUUAUCUAUCUUGUCUCAGUCGGUUCAUAUCUAUCUAUCUAUCUAUCUAUCUAAUCUCAGUCUGUUCAUAUCUAUCUAUCUAUCUAUCUAUCUAUCUAUCUCUGUCUUCUGUUAAUAUCUAUCUAUCUAUCUAUCUAUCUUGUCUCAGUCUGUUAAUAUCUAUCUAUCUAUCUAUCUUGUCUCAGUCUGUUAAUAUCUAUCUAUCUAUUUUUCUGUCUUGUCUCAGUCGGUUCAUAUCUAUCUAUCUAUCUAUCUCAGUCGGUUCAUAUCUAUCUAUCUAUCUAUCUAUCUAUCUAUCUAUCUAUCUAAUCUCUUCUGUUUAUCUAUCUUGUCUCAGUCGGUUCAUAUCUAUCUAUCUAUCUAACUAUCUUGUCUCAGUCUGUUCAUAUCUAUCUAUCUAUUUAUCUAUCUUGUCUCAGUCGGUUCAUAUCUAUCUAUCUAUCUAUCUAUCUAUCUAUCUAUCUUGUCUCAGUCUGUUCAUAUCUAUCUAUCUAUUUAUCUAUCUUGUCUCAGUCGGUUCAUAUCUAUCUAUCUAUCUAAUAUCAGUCUGUUCUCUCUGUCUCUAUUUGUCUAUCCCAGUCUGUUCAUAUCCAUCUAUUUCCGUCUGUUUCUAUCUAUCUAUCUAUCUAUCUAUCUAUCUAUCUAUCUAUCUAUCUUGUCUCAGUCUGUUAAUAUCUAUCUAUCUAUCUAAUCUCAGUCUGUUAAUAUCUAUCUAUCUAUCUAUCUAUCUAUCUAUCUAUCUAUCUAUCUAUCUAUCUAUCUAUCUAAUCUCAGUCUGUUCAUAUCUAUAUAUCUAUCUAAUCUCAGUCUGUUCAUAUCUGUCUAUCUAUCUAAUCUCAGUCUAUUCAUAUCUAUCAGUCUAG